CCUCAAGAUUCAAUUUUUGGACCAUAAAAAGAAAACAAAGUGCCAGCACCCUAGACUCGAUAUUUUCUAUAAAAAUAACCAAUAUUGUCAAACUAGUCGGAAGAGAAACCAGCUUAAACCAAAGAAAACCACACAUUUUCUUCACAAACCUCUCGAAGUCUCAAAAGAAUGUUAUCGAGAGCCUUUACCAAGCCCAAAAAGAGCCCUAAACACGGAGAUAAUGAAAGCAAAUCAGGGACGUCGAUGCUAGAUUCUGAAGAUUGCCUAGUAGGGUUCAUGGAUGAUCGGCCUUUGUUUUUUUGUGGAGAAAGUGUGUCCCGCCUGAGCUUAAGGGAGACCUUAAGGGCUUCUGUUGGUGUCAUGGGAGAGAGCCCUUUAGGGAUGACUGAAAAGGUGGUUUUGUUACGAGGCAAAGUUUAUGCACUGAAGAGGUUUAGGGCAUUGCGUGUUAGGAGGCGUGAGUUUGGUAAGAGAAUCGAGAGGUUAGCUCAGGUGAGCAAGAGGUGUGAAUAUCUUGUCCCUGUCAUUGCUUACCUAUACACAAAGAGGAUCAAGUUUGUUGUCUCUGAUUAUUUCCCCAUGGGAAGCCUUGCUGACUUGCUCGCUGGUGGAAGGGAAUGCGGUCACACUGCCUUGGAUUGGAAUCAAAGGCUAAGAAUAGCUCUAGACAUUGCACAAGCAAUUACAUUUAUUCACACACAAUACCCUCCGUAUGAAAAGAACAUGCUGAUGAACGUGCACGGGAACAUAAAAUCCUCCAAUGUCAUGAUAACUGUUAACUUCACCGCCCGCUUGUCCGAUUACGGCCUCACUCAACUGGCUGGAGAACUGGAGGAAGUUUCCGAUACUUGGCAAAGAAAGCCGCCCCCCUCGCCUGAAAGUCCUUACACCAACAAAUUGAGUCAGAAAAGUGAUAUUCUCAACUUUGGUAUUUUAUUGCUGGACAUGCUAGGAGGGCCAAGAGUUAGAGAUUUCAGGAAUGGCGUAAUGGAAAGAAUGGAAGAGAUAAAGAAAGGUGAUAUCGAGUUUUUUGAAUUUAUUGUGGAGGGCAAAGAAAGGAAGCAAGCUUUGCUUGUUUUGGAUAUUGCAUUGAAAUGUGCAGACAAGGUGCCGGAAGCUAGGCCUCCAAUAGAACAGACCUUGAGGCGUCUUGGAGAUGUACUUUUGAUUAAAUAGAUCGAAUAAUUGCUUGCAGCUUUACGUGUAAUGUUUUAAAGGAAACAAAUGUUUUUUUUUCUUUUUAUUAUUAUUAUUAUUAUUAUAAAAAUAGAACGAAUAAAUUUGCAUGCGUGUCUACGAGGCUGCAUAAAUGCAAGCAGACUUGUUGAUUAUUAUG